AUGCUACUUCGAAGCCGUUUACCCGCGGUACGAAGUGUGUUUGUGGCGCGCGGAGGCGUUGCAGCCCAGCUGGCCUCCUUCACGACGUCGUCCCGGCUUCUGUUACCCCGGCGAGAGUCGGACAAGAAGCCCAAGGGUGGCAAGGACCGCGGUCGUCACAACAAGGAUCACAGCAAGGACCGCAACAAGGACGUCAACAAGGCGGCCGAGGACUUCCUCAAGGACGUUCAGAGCGGCGACCCCUGGCGCAACUCGCCCAAGGCCAAGUGGAGCUACACCUGGGGCAAUCUCAAGGACGAUCUUGGAGGCAAGUCCAAUAAGGCUAGCCAGGAGAAUCCCAACAAGAACGACAACGACAACGAAAACGACAAGAACGAUAAAGAGAACAAGAACAAGGACAAAAAGGAUAACGACAAAAAGGACGAGAAAUGGAAGGACGAAAUGCCCGCGGGAGGACGAGAGAUCGAAAUCAAGGUCACCCCUCUGGGCAUUGCCGGAACCCUGGGAGCCGUCGGAAUGCUCAUCUAUCUGCUGACCAGCGGUGGUGAGGGAUCCAUGCACGAGGUCUCGUGGCCCGAGUUCCGAUCCCAGUUCCUGGACAAGGGCCUGGUCGAGCGACUCACUGUGGUCAACCGAGCCUAUGUCAAGAUUGAUCUGCGACCUGAGGGAAACACCCUGGGAAACAAGACUCUGUACCUAACCAUUGGAUCCCCCGAGAGCUUUGAACACAAGCUGGAUGAGGCCCAGACCGAGCUCGGAGUGCCUCCCAACAGAAGACUGCCUGUCAACUACAUCGAGACCACCAACUACUUUGGCCUGGUGAUGGGUCUGCUGCCUGUGGCCCUGACCCUUGGAUUCUUCUACUGGAUGUCAAAGAAGAUUGGUUCUGCCAUGAGUGGCGGCGGUCUGUUUGGCGGCGCUGGCAAGUCCAAGGCCAAGCUCUUCAACAAGGACACCGACGUCAAGGUCAAGUUUGAUGACGUGGCUGGCAUGGGCGAAGCCAAGGAAGAGAUCAUGGAGUUUGUACGGUUCCUCAAGAACCCCCAGAAGUUUGAACGUCUUGGAGCCAAGAUCCCCCGAGGAGCUAUUCUGUCUGGACCUCCCGGUACCGGUAAGACUCUGAUUGCCAAGGCUACUGCUGGUGAGGCCGGAGUCCCCUUCCUGUCUGUAUCCGGAUCCGAGUUUGUGGAAAUGUUUGUUGGUGUUGGAGCUUCUCGAGUUCGAGAUCUCUUCUCUCAGGCCCGAAAGAUGGCCCCCGCUAUCAUUUUCGUCGAUGAGAUUGACGCUAUUGGAAAGAAGCGAGGUUCCGGCAAGUUUGGCGGUGGCAACGACGAGCGAGAAUCGACUCUGAACCAGCUGCUGGUCGAAAUGGACGGUUUCUCGUCUUCUGAUCAUGUGAUUGUUCUUGCCGGUACCAACCGACAGGAUGUUCUGGACCCUGCUCUGCUUCGACCCGGCCGAUUCGACCGUCAUAUUCAGAUUGAUCCCCCGGACAUGGAAGGCCGAAAGCAGAUUUUCGCUGUUCAUCUUGCCAAGCUGACUCUGUCUCCUGAAAUUAAAAAGGACAUGGAUUACGUCAAGGGCAAGCUAGCUACGCUGACUCCUGGCUUUGCCGGUGCCGAUAUCGCCAACUGCUGCAACGAGGCAGCUCUGAUUGCCGCUCGAGACAACUCCGUCGAUGUCAAGUUUGACCACUUUGAGCGGGCUAUUGAGCGAGUCAUUGCCGGCAUUGAGAAGAAGAGCAAGGUUCUCAACCCCGAGGAGAAGAAGACUGUGGCCUACCAUGAGGCUGGCCAUGCCGUCUGUGGCUGGUUCUUUGAGCACGCAGACCCUCUUCUCAAGGUGUCUAUUGUCCCCCGAGGCAAGGGUGCUCUUGGUUACGCCCAGUACCUGCCUGCGGACAACAAGCUGACUUCCCGAAACCAGCUCAAGGACCGAAUGGCCAUGGCUCUGGGUGGCCGAGUCUCCGAGGAGCUCCAUUUCCCCUCUGUCACUUCUGGUGCUCAGGACGAUUUCAAGAAGGUGACCCAGAUGGCCAAGGCUAUGGUCACUCAGUACGGAAUGAGCGAUAUUGUCGGAAACGUCUUCUUCCAGCCCCGAUCUGAUGAGCAGAUCAACAAGCCAUUCUCUGAGAAGACCGCCAAGAUGAUUGACGACGAGGUGUCGCGAAUCAUUGACGAGGCCUACACCCAGUGCAAGGACAUGCUGGAGAGCAAGAAGCACGAGAUUGAGUUGGUGGCCCAGGAGCUGCUGACCAAGGAGGUGCUGGCCCGAGAAGACAUGAUUCGUCUGCUGGGCCCCAGACCCUUCCCAGAGAAGAACGAGGCGUUUGACAAGUACCUGAGUGGUACCAAGAAGCAGGAGGGCGAGGAUCAUGAGGGCGGUGAGACCAAGACCGCCUAG